CGCUGCGGACGAUGAAUGUUGGAAACCCAGAGCAGUGGAUAGACACAAAGUCACCGGGACUGAGUGAGUGAGUGAGAGGGUGAGUGAGUGAGAGCAGCGCUGCGCUCUCUGUCUCCAAAACAUUUACGCACCGCAGCAGUAUUCCGCCCCUCUCUCUCUCUUUACUCCCCGCCGUCCUCUUAACACCAACAUCCACCACCGACCGGCUCUCUCCACUCUGAAGGACCGGGGGCAGAGAAGUCAGCACACGUACCGAGCAGCCUCCGUCCCAAACCACCGUGCUUUGAAUGCAGUGAGGAAUUAAAGCGGGAGAGGAAGAGGAGGAGGACGGAAGUUUUUUUUUCUCGUGGCGAGCUCAGGGCGCACCGGGACUGGAUGGUUGAGCCCAGCCCUCCAGCACUGCACCUCCUCUCAGGCGGGGAUGUCAGCAUGGCGUGUAUUGGUGUCAAAGUAGAACAGGAGGAGUCAGGUGGUGGGGGUGGAGUCAUUACAUGCACUGAACCUCUUAAGACAUCUCCCACACGUGAUUGGUCAGGAAAUCAUCCACUGGAGGCCCGCCAAUUGACCCCACCACUCUCCCGCUCCCCUUCGGAGGGCUCUCCAGGUAAGGAGCUGCCUCUCAGGCAAAGCCCCGUGGGACUGAAGGAGGCCAGGACACAUGAUAGACCAGAAGGACAAUCCAACUUUAAGGAAGUAAUGCCUACCAUUGAGAAGCUGCUGAAUGCUGACUGGAAGGAGAAACUUCUGGAUAAAAGCACAGUGGGGGCAGGACAACUGAAAGGUACCCCAGAGGCUCUGGCAGAGAAGGAGCUGCAGUUGUUGAUGAUGAUCAACCAGCUGAGCGGUUUGAGGGAGCAACUACUGGGAGCCCACUCUGAGCAGAGGAACAUGGCCGCCCUGCUGCUGGAGAAACAGCAGCAGCAGAUGGAGCUGGCUCGACAACAGCAGGAACAGAUUGCCAAGCAACAGCAGCAGCUGAUCCAGCAGCAGCACAAGAUCAACCUGCUUCAGCAGCAGAUCCAGCAGGUGAAUAUGCCCUACGUGAUGAUCCCUGCGUUCCACCCCAACACCCAGCCUCUCUCGGUCACCUCUGACCCCCAGAUGACCCUACCACUGCAACCAAUCCCCUGCAAGCCAGCUGUGGACUAUUCCAUGCAGCUGCUGCAGAACCCACACCCCACCCCUGUCAAGAGGAGCAGUGGUUCCUUCCGACAGGAAGCCAGUCAGCCCUUGAACCUGACCUCCAAGCCAAAGGGGCUGGAGCUGGGGAAAACACCCAGUCCUCAGAGCCUGGAGCUGGGAUCACUGGCGCUGCAGGGGGCCUACAGGUCCAGAGAUCUCCACAGAGAGGUGUCCCACAGCCCGCCACGAUCUGCCCUCAGUUUCCUUGGAGAAGGCGAUGUGGUCACCCAGGCCAUCCAUGAUGCCCAGCAGCUCCUGAGAGGUCACAGCACCGGAGGGCGAGAAAGAGACAGGGACAGAGAGAGGGAUGGUGGCGGAAAGAUGGAGUACAAAGAUUCUCCCCACAGCGAGAAAAUUUCUUCCUCCGAGCGGGGUGAAAACAGACACGUUCCACUGUCCACUGAGGACCACCUCAGCAGUGACUCUGAGGGUGCCCUGUCCGUCUCAGUCCAAAGCAACUAUGCUGAGGCCCGGCCCCCUCCCUCCUCAGGCCACAUCAAGAGACCCAUGAAUGCCUUCAUGGUGUGGGCCAAGGACGAGCGCAGGAGGAUCCUGCAGGCCUUCCCCGACAUGCACAACUCCUCCAUCAGCAAGAUCCUGGGCUCCAGAUGGAAGGGCAUGUCCAAUCAAGAGAAGCAGCCUUAUUACGAAGAGCAGGCGAGGCUGAGCAGACAGCAUCUGGAGCGCUACCCUGACUACAAGUAUAAGCCCCGGCCCAAACGGACCUGCAUUGUGGAGGGACGGAGGCUGAGGGUGGGCGAGUACAAGGCCAUGAUGAAGAACCGCCGGCAGGAGCAGAGAGCGACCUACACACACAGUCAAACAGAACCGCAGCAGAUCCACUAUUCCCACAGCGAUGGCCAGUACCCGGGUGGUGCCAGCUCGGUCUCAGUGGCAACCAUGCCCUUUCACCCCGCAUUACUGGAGCACUACCUGCCACAGGUGCCCCCCACGAUGCGUCGAGCAGAGGGCCAGGCCACACCUACGUCCCUGCCCAGAGAAAGAGAGAGGGAACGAGAGAGGGAGCGGCCGCCGUACAGCGAAGGAGAGGAGAGCGACGCUGGAGAGAGGAGCGAGGGGGAACUGGUGCUCCUGACAGACUGAAGUGGGGGAGUGGGGUGGGUGGGAGAGGAAAAAAUGGCGGUGAGGAAUGAGAGGGGAGGGUAGCUGAGGAGGAAGGGGGCUCUUUGUUGACUGACAGUUGGAGAAGAGGAAUGGAGGAGGAACAGGCGAGACGGGAGGGAUUGAGUUGUCACCAGAUGAUAAGAUUGCCCCUCUGGUAGGCAAACGUGAAGAGAUGUGGUGAGAAAACGUCAUACUCACUCCUUUGUAAAUUAGUUGAAAUUAGUAGAAACCCUGCCCCCCCCCCCCCCACACACACACACACACACACACAUAGAGGCAAGCUCUUGUGUUACUCAUUUCCCUUCAUAGACAUGUCAUCAGCUGCUUUGUUUUAGAAUACAGAAGUCAUACUUAAGUUACAAGGGAGAGGGUUUAUUGUUUAAUCCCUUAUGCUACUUGCUUUCCUCCCAUGUUGACUUUUGGCACCACAGGGAUGCUUCUCAUUGGAGGAAAGUUUAAAACCACACACGUUUACCAGAAUCCCUGUUUUCACCUGUUUGACAGCUGAGUUAUUACUCUGUGGUUGAAGCAACAGGCCAGUGAUGGAGCUGUAUGUUAUCAGCAUGUCAGUACUGCCCCCUGCUGGUAGGAGCUGGUUAUUACUUCAUGAAAAACCCAGAGCAGUAGCAUUCCUGUCUGCUAAUUUUCACAUUAAGUAUCUCAGUGUUGAGAACACUGACACUUGUUGCACCACAUGCUCAUAUAUUACACGACACUCACGCAAGUCAUGGAUCAGAUUGUCUGGAGUAGUAUGGAACCUGGAGUUUGGCAGAUUAUAGUGCUCCAAUUUAAAUUUGAUCUUAAAAAGACUGAGAGAAAAUAAAUAGAGAGAUUGAAGGUUUGUUUCAGCAAUUUGGUAAGAUAUAUAAAGAUGGGGGGCUCAGAUUAAAAAAGAAUGGUUAGCAGCAAAGGCUGAGAUGCUGCCCUACAUGCCAGCCGACAUUAAGGGCAGUAAGUAAGUAAGUAAGAGGCUGAGAUAUCCUGAUGUUUAGUCCUCAGUAUGGUUCAAGCACCUAAAACACUGGAUCCUACAUUUCCCAUGAUGCAGCUUCAUACCCUGCCACAUUAGACACCCACUUCCUGGUAAAUGUCCAUGUGGUUUCAAAAUUUAAACCCCUACUUUCUAACUCUGACUUAAAAGUAUACAUUUUUAGUCUCUAAUCUCACAGUGAUAAACCCUUUUGACAUCAUCAAGGUUAUUUUUCAGACAUUAUUCUGCUGUUCUCACAGCCUGUCGUCAUGACAAAUGAAAUGAACCUAAUGUGUAAAAUAUAAUACUUGAAGCAGAUAAGAUACAUCUUUAAAUUGAUCUCACUUAAAACAAAACAAUGGCAGAUGCCAGUCAUUGCUUCACAUACAUUUAGUGGCUCUUGACAGAAUACGCAGGGUUGUUUGUCACCAUUAUAGACUGUAUAUGAAGAUGAGCGGCACAUCUCCACUUACCCUCACUGUAUGAAAAUGAAGCCAAAAUAUCCCAGAUACGGCUGCUGGUGAUGUCAUUUCGAGCCGGAGUCUGCGUGGUAACGAUCGCUGUGGCGUCGAAUUCCCGCCCAAACACUUUGUCCAAACAGUCUUGUGCAGCACCAUUGAUCGCGAGCACACCAGUGGCACACAUAGAUGUCAAUCAUGACCUCAAACCCCAUUAAUACUGCAUCAAAUAACUAACUUUGAAGAAAAAAUAUCACUUCAACGUACAGCUGCAUAAUAAGAACUACGUAAAAUGACAAAAACCAUUUUUGGGAAAAAUGUAUUUGACAUUUACAUUGAGUUUUUAGUUUGGCUCAUGUCCCAUUGCUUAAAUGGUGGGGUGGGGUUUAUGACCCAUACUGCAGCCAGCCACCAGGGGGCGAUCGUUACAUUUUGGCUUCAAUUUUGAGGAGCUGUCCGUCAUGUCGUCCAUCUUAUUUAUUUUUUUAUAGUCUAUGGUCACCAAGGUUGCAGAAAAUGUUUCAGUUAAGGCAAGGCAAAUUUAUUUGUGUAGCACAUUUCAUACAGAGCUGUAAUUCAGCAUGCUUUACAUAAUGCAUUAAAAACAAUUUUAAAAAAGCAGAAAGACAAACUGUAUAAAAUCGUUCAAAUGCUAAUUAAAAGGAUAAAAAUCUGAGGGGUCUGUCACAGCACCCAGUGGUUUACAAUCAGACCGCCAAUGAAAUCUUUUUUAAGAAGUUACAUCCCAGAUAAUGUACAGUUAAUUAACAAUCUAACCCUCCUCUUCCUCGUCCUCCCACAUCACUGUUCAGUUGAGCUGUGUUGUAUAUGCUGUAUUUGUGUGUCUAUGAGUUCCCUUUCCAUAGCACGGUGGGUUGACCUCAGCCUUACCUAUUUUUUUUAUACCUCUGUGUUUGCUUCUUUGAGUGUUAAUUGAUUGUCGUGUUGAGCACCUCCUAUCUGUGUAUCCAAAUGUCAGCUGUUGUUUUCGCUGCUUUUGAGAUGCAGCCUCUUGCAACACUGCAGAAAAUAUCCAACAUGCACCAUAAUUUUUCAGGAAUUAUUUUCAUAUUUAAAAGGCUCAAAGUUAAACUACAUGACAUUUUUGCAGACAGAUCAAUCAGCGUCGUAGUGGAAUUAAGGUAAAGUUCCAUCUGAAUAGGCUAAAUUGUUGUCUUCUUGUUUCAUCUUUUAUUUUCCUGUUCCAGCUAUCAAACAGAGCCAAAUCAAUCCCAAAUCACACGUCACAUGGAGGCUGUUGUUUAUCGGUAGGAUGUUCUCUCUAACAGUUACAGAGAUGGAGAAAAGGUCCAUUAAUGGUUGUGAGCUUUUGACAGUGAGGCUAAAUAGAAACAAAGUUUUUGGGUGACUGAACCACUGGUCAACUUCAUGAGAACGUAGAAACCAAAAUCAUCCGUGAGUCCUCAGUUCGUUUUCGGGCUACAGUGUGCCACGCUAACAGUUUAGCUUGCUGAGUGAUAUUUGGCUCCAUGUUAGCACUUAGCACUGUUCUUUGAUAGUAGGGCUGCAUCACUGAUGAUUGGAGUUAACAUAUUGGCAUACUGAUUGUUUUAGAGGUAUGCUUUAUUUUGUUUUUCCUUGUAGGAAACAGGUUAGUUCCAAUAAUAAAACUUGGUUAGCUUCAUGCUAAUGAUGCUACAGUUUAGCAUGCAUGAUCCUAAGUGACUGUAGGUUCCAAAUUUAUUUAAUGAGUUAGUUUUAACGUCAAAAAUAGUUUGAGUUUGAAGUCAAAAGUAGUCUUAAACUGUAGCUUAAGUUGUAGUUUUAUGUAAAACAUUGCUAUACUUUAAAGUAAAUGUAGGACAAAAGAUGUGCUAAUGAUUAACUAGCUACUGCUUUACCUCUUUCCAUGUCACAUCGUGGAAAAAGGUAAAGGUGUUGGAUUUUUGGAGAAUGUGUGCCUCCCCAAUUCAAUGCUCAAUGGAUGAAUAUGUGGUUGCCACAAGUAAAAUAGUGCCAGAAAUGAACCUGCUACAUCCUACUUUAUCCAUUAGCAUGUUGCUAUUAGCCUGAAGGAAUCUGUGGCUAACGCUUCUAAUCACAUGGAUAGUUUUGGUGUCUUUGUUCUCAGCACUCAAUAAUCAUAUUGACUAAUAGGGCAAUGUAACAAAAAUGUAGUGUACCUACAUAACACUGGGGCCAAUCCACUCUUAGCGAGCUGCAAGGAUGACAAAUCAAAAUGGCGGGAAAAGAGGAGUUUCAGGCCUCGAUGUUUGGGUUUGGGGCUCAUCCAAAACAAUCAGGGUCAGGGCUGUGUGGAGAAAAGAUGCUGGCUUUUGUGCACAGAGAUGGAUAUCAGAGGAAAAUGUUUAUCUUAUUUUAGCGGAGACAUGCUGAGGAGUCGUUACCCCUGCUGAUGUAAAUAUAGAAAGAGACUUUAUUUUGUUUAUAAGAGCCUGUGUAAUUUAAAGGUGUACGUUUCUUUAUGUUUUCAGAGUUUUGUGUUGUUGUUUUUUCGUUUUGUUUUUUCUUGAAAGACAAUAAAUUGGUU